AUGUCAUUAUCAAUUGAAAUAGCUGAAAAACUUCUUAUAAGAUUCGAUGGUACAAAAUCAAAACUAUACGAAUUCAUAGAUAAUUGUGAUAAAGCUUACAAUCUACUAGAUUCAAUCCAAAUCUUCAAUCCACCAAUUUUAUUAGCCAUUAUAGAAACUAAAUUAACUGAUAAAGCUAGGGCCAUAACUAGAAACCGAACAUUUGAUGCAUGGAAAGAUUUAAAAGAUUUCUUAUUAGAUGCUUAUUCUGAACGCCGAACGGAAGGUCAGUGGCAAUUGGAAUUACAUUCCUUACGUCAGAUGCCCAGUGAAAAUGUAAUGUCAUUUUCAAAUAAAGUUGAGAACUGUUAUAUAAAAUUAAUAAAUCCACUUGAUCCAAAUUUAUCUCCAGAUGCAAGAAAUGCUUGUACUAAACUUUUAAAAAAUCAAGCACUAAAUGUCUUUAUCCGAGGAUUAAACAAAGACCUCUCUAUUCUUAUCAAAGCCCGAAAUCCAGAUUCCUUAAAAAAAGCUGUUGCUGUAGCAGUUGCCGAAGAACAGGAACAGUUAUCAAGGCAAGAAAUUUUUAGACCAUUUUGUAAUAUUUGA